CAUUAGUAUGCUACGGCAUGGACGGGUGGAUGAUGAGUGGGUGCGGUGAUCCAUAUGUCAUCUUCCCCGGGCCACUGCGUGUGCUGGUGCAAGUAAGAGUACUUAUACAUAUGCAGUUGCUGUAUGCCACACCCUCACUCUCACCCAAUUCCGUGAUAAAGAUGAGAUACUCCGCCGUUCGCGCUGGAGCUCUCUUACUAUCCCUUUUCCCCCCCUUCUGCACCGUUAUGCUGCUGCCCUAGUUUGUUGUCUUCUUUCCUUUGUUGACGUUUCUUGGGUCGCUGGUCGCUGGUCGUCGGUCUCUUCAUUCGCCCUUUCUGAUGCUUCAAUGGCUUAUACACCCUUUCGACAUCGUCCCAAUCGUUUACUCUGAACACUCUAACCGCCAUCCUUCAUUAUCAUAAUCUUCACCCACGCUACUAGAUAAUAGCAACGAGCACGCUGGGCAGCAUGCUUUCAGACACCUGCGCCUCAUGGAUGCGUUCCAUAAACUCAUGUUUUGGACGGGGGAACAAGUCCAACUCCAACUCUGAGAAAUCCAUUGUCAUCACGAGGGAUCAGCGACCUACAUUCAGUCCGCCUCCGUAUGCCGAACCGGUAUUCUCAAAUGAAAGGACAUUCGAACCGACACAUGAGCGUCAGAGGGGAAGGUCGAGGUCUAUCAAAGGCGUUAGGUCCUCACGUGGCGGCUCCGUCUCUAGGUCCAGGGGAAGGUGGUUGUCGAGAUCUUCAUCUCGCCCACGACACCGGCCGCACAUAUCAGCCCCCACGAACUUUCGCCAUGUACAUUCCGAGUCUUUUCAGUACCCUACUCCUAGUGACCACCCUUCACAACAAUGCCUACUACCGCAACCACAGCUACAACAAGAGGAGCAGCACCAGCGAGCGAAAAGGUCAAGGCCGCCGUCGUUUCACCCCCUCGAGCUAAGCAUUCGAGCCUCGCCGUUACUACCUGACUAUGCCGCCGACGAGAAUGAGACCACAAGCCGUAUCACUCCUCCGCCGCCAGCACACAUUGCAGAAGACAGCAACAUUACGCAAUGGGACAUUAGCAGUGCAACCAUGGGUUGCAAUAAUGUGGAUUAUCCAACCUCGUUCCAUCUUCCACGUCGUGCAGUUGGACAGGUCCAACAAUCGUCGACCAAUAGCCAGUUCCCACCAAGAAUUCCGACCAAGUCCAGAGCCCGUGCUUAUACUGCACCCAGCACCGAGAUCAUGGUGGAAAGGAUAGCAAGUGCGAUGCUCGAGAAGGACAAGUUGCAGGCCGAACUUGAUGAGCUUGUUGAGCGGCAAAGUGUAUAUAAGGGCAGCAUGCCCGGUACUCCUGCCGGCUGUAGUGCGAGUGAGUCCAUGCCCGCGUUCGAUAUUCCUGCUAUCCCAGCUGCUGCUCCAUCGUUCGCCGAACGUCUCAGCUACGACGAGCGUAGACCGAAAACUGCGCCCUCAAGCAGUCAACACCAGGGCCCGGGAGCUUUCUCCGAUCUGAAGGCCGCAAGUGCCACGCCGGACAGAACUACACUCGCUCUGGCAGCGGCAGCGUUCAACUCCCACCCACCCAUGAUCAACUUUACUCACCACUGGUACGGACAAGCUGGAUCCGACCACGGAGUCAAUGGACACCGGAAAUCACCUUCCACCUCGACGGUAAAAGCAAGCGCCAACGAGUCUCGCACCCGAAUCUCCAAGCCCGUCCCUCCGCCACAAAGAAUCAUCACCUCGGAAUUCGAUCGUACCCUCGCUCCUCCGCUCCCUCUCGUUCUCCGCCCACCCCUCCGAAAGAAGAAAUCCUUUUCCCGCGUCUCCAACUGGCUCUUUCCGGGCGGUGGUGCUACAGGGUCCAACUACUCCAACAGCAAUCUCCCUGACGCAUACGACAGCUACAGAAAACGACAGGACAGCAUAAGCAAAGAUUCGGUCACCAACGUUCCGAGGCCGAUUAAGCAGAACGAAGGAUAUUAUCAGUGCUUCACUCCGUCGCAGGGCAACCAGCAACAGCAACGACAGCAGGGUGCGAGUAUGAAUUACAUGAACAACAACACCUACAGCGACACAGCCUCCACAUGCUCCCCCUCCUCAUGGCGAUCCGAAGAAGAAGAAGUGCCCACCACCACUUGGUCGCUAGGCAGCAGUCCAGUGCGCCAGACGCCCGGACAAACGCCCAAGCAGCAGACUCCGGUGCUGAGUGCUGAUGAGGCUAAUUUCGCUGUUUCUGCUGCUUUUGGUGCACAAUCUACUGCUACUGCACCCAAAAUCGAAGUGCAAGGGGGAGGGGAAAGAGCAGUUAAUGGCAGCAGUUCGAAGGGUGCAGGUGCAGAAGCUGGUGAAGGUGAAAGAGCAGGAGAUACUGGAACAUGUGUGACGGUUACGGGACUGAAGAUACCCGAGCACAGGAAUGGACACCGGCCGCAGAGCGUGGGUGUCGCGUUUUGAGAGUGCGAAUAACGAACGAAACGAAUCGCUAAACCCGUUCCUCAUUCUUACCUUUUCUUUUGGUCUUUUUUGGGAGGACAUCAUCAAAUUAUCAUUUUCACGCUUGGCAGUCCGCUGGGCAUGGUUAAUCAGCUGUUGUGCCAUCUUGAUGAUAGGUUACCAACCAGCUCACUGGUAACGAUGGUUUUUAUCCUCCUUUGGAGAAGAGGCGGUACUUUGCUUAAUUCAUUACUUAACCUUUUGGCGCAGAGGAAAGGAGCGGAAAGGAGCACGAUCCGUUCAAUCGGAUCUGACACGUGGGUGACGAUGGCGUACUUUUCGCUAUCCAUGACCGGACGGACGGAUGAAUCGGCAAUGAUCGGCAUGAAAGUGGACUUACGCAACGGAGAUUGCUGGGAAGGCAAAUGGGAAAGUCAAUCUGGUCGAUGGGCGUUGGAUUUAGACGGGACGGGUUCGGCCGGAUAUAGUGUAUACGUCUGGUUUUCCAUUUUCUGAAGCCCGGCGUAUACAAAACGGAAGUGGGGAGGAGUUAUGGGGAGGCCGAGCUCGGAAGGAGGGGUGUAAACCAACACCAGCCGGGCAACACCGUGACGGAUAGUAGGGGCUGGGAUCCCUACUUUGUGGCACGUCACUCUAGGCGGUGUUAAUCGAUCUCAGAGAAUUGAGUAGCAGGGUGGGCGAGGCAAUGGCAAGGGAUGCAAAAAUUAGGGUUUCCAAGAGGAUAAUACCAUGGAAGGCGGGCGGGUGACUAGGGAAACAGGGUUUGGACAGAAACAGGGAAUUGGAGGUAAACGGCCCCUUCCUGUCCAUUGCAUUUUAUGAUACCAGACCGGCCGACGCUCAGUAAAUAACUAUACAAAAGCAAAACACACAUCCUUAUAUAAUGUAAAUAAUGCCAGUAUUUCACUAAAACUUUAGUCAUAAUCGUGAAUUCUAGCUAGCAUCCACUAAAUAAUUG